UUUCGUGGCUACAGGCUCAUAUUUCAUCUUCCCAUUCGCCAGAAGUAGUAAGAUAAUCUUUAGUAUCUUAUCCACCUGAUUUUAGUCCGCGGCUUUUUGCCGUCGGAAAGCGGUUGCAAAGAUGGCGAACAUGUCGGCGAAGUUUAUGAAGGGGGCGUUCGUUGGGUGGACGGACACGGUGGGCCUCCAUUACAGCCAUGACUUCGACGAGCAGAAGAUUCGUGCGCUGGACGACAAGAAGAAGUUUCUGCAGCGGAAGCAGAAGCUGUACAAGACGCACAAGAUGAUGAUCCGCAUGAUCAUCCCCUUCUCGUUCAGUUGCGAGACCUGCGGGCGGAUGAACAACCUGGGUAAGAAGAUCCAGAUGCGCAUGGAGAUGAUCUGCGACGACUUCACCAACGGAUACCAAAACUACCGGUUCUUCGGGAAGUGUCCCCACUGCCUGGCGCAUUUCGUGUUCCGCACCGACCCGGAGGUGGCGGGGGGGUACCGGCUGGAGCUGGGGGGGCGGCGCGCCUACGAGGAGGCGGACGACCGAACCUCCCUGGAGCGGGCGUUGCAGUACGAUGAGGAAGAGUACAAGGAGACGAUGCAGUACAAGCAGGAACAGGCCCGGGAGGAGCUGGCUUUGGCCGACAACCUGGAGAACCUGAUCCACUUCCGGAAGGAGCGGAAGAAGGACGGUACCAUGCUGAUGAACGCCCUGGACAAGCUGUUUUCCUCAAACGCGAACUCAGCCUUGGGGGAGGGAAAUAAUUAUAGGCUAGAGGACGGGGUCGGGAUCGCGGGCGGCGGGAGUAGUACUGCUUCUUCUGCGCUCAUGCCGGGCACGACCGCCGGGGAGGACUGGCAGAUGAACGAAGCGGACGCAGUGGACUUCGAGAUGUGGCUCGACACGGAGUACCAGCUGGCCCAGGAAGCCUUCGAGCAGACCGCCCGGGAGGAGCGGGGGAAGCAGCUGGAUCGCGAGCUGAUGACGUUGGAAGAAAGAGAGGAAGAGAAAAUAGCGAACGAAGGUGGAGCCGCAGCGAAUGUAGGGCCCAGGCCGAUGAAUCCGCCCACAAUCGAAGUAUCGGCGCAGAACCAGAAGAAGAUGAAAAUCAAGGCCUCGAUUGCCGGGACAGACUUGGACAUGAAGGAGAUCCAGGCACAGCAGGACGCCGAGCAGCGAAAGCGACUCGGCACUUCCGGGCCCGGGAACGCGAGCAUUAAUCGAUUCAAAUCCAUGUUCAACGCAAAGGUGUUUCGGGAACGAGAAGAGCGAAGUCCACGGCGCGAACCACCACCUGGUGGAGCUGUAUCGAAGGCCGCGAAAGUGGGAGGCUUGCUCGGCGGCACAGUUGCCAGCAACAAAGCAAGCACUUCCUCCGGGGGAUCAGCGAAGCUAAAGCCCAAGGGUGGCUUUGACUACUCCUCAUCCAGCGACGACUAG